AUGGUGAACACCAGAUCCAAAAUCAAGAAAAUCCAGAACACCAUAAACCUCUGGUUCUCAAAGGCUGCCAUGGCGGACAACAAUCAUCUGGCCACGGAGUCUGGAGCUCUGAUCGGUUCCAACGACGAUCUUUUAAUUGAAAUCCUUCUCCGAUUGCCUGUUACCUCUGUUCUUCGAUUCAAAUCUGUAUCCAAACACUGGCGUUCCCUUUUGAGUAACCGGCGAUUUACCCUGCUGUUUAAAAAUGCUUCCUUCUCUCCUGGCUUUUUUGGCUUUUUUGGUCGCAGUUUGUAUAUUCCAUUUGAUGAUGAGAACCGAAGUACUCCUCCUUUUCGUGAUCUCGACUUCUAUCCUGAUCCUCAUGGUAUUAAAAUCGUGCAAUCUUGUAACGGAUUGCUGCUUUGUUGUAGCAAUGAAGGGGAUGAACGUGUGCGUAAAUAUUAUGUAUUUAAUCCUACCACCAAGCAAUUUGCAGUCAUCCCAUCAAUUCUCGGAGGCAUGGCUGUUCGUGAAACCAUCCUUUUUAUGGCUCUGGCAUUUCAUCAAACAGAUUGUGUUCACUACAAGGUUGUUUGCUUUUACUUUCCUGAGCCUGACGAUGUGGUUAAGGUUCAAAUCUACUCCUCAGAAACAGGGAAAUGGAAGAUUUCAGAUGAUUAUAUCUCUUUACCCGAUUACUAUAUUCCACCCUUGGACUACAUAGUUUUUUGGAAUCAAGCGAUCCACUGGGUUCCCUUCGGCGACAAGUCAUACUUCAAGCUCGACACAGAAGAAUUUCAAUCGCUGCCCUUACCUGUGAGAGUGGCGUCUUCUGAAGCUUAUGAAAGCAUGGAUCAUUUUAUGACCCUUUACUUCGGGGAGUCGCGAGGCCAUCUGCAUUUGGUGAAGAGGGUCGAUCCCAGUGAGAGCCGUUUACAGAUGAAUGUGUUCGAGAUGUUAAACGAUUAUUCUGGGUGGUUUCUUAAGUAUCGAGUUGACCUUGAUGAACUUCCGGAUGCUUAUCCUGAGAUGAUCAAUAGCUAUUUUGAUCCAUUGAGCUUGGGUUAUUACAUAUUUGAAGUGCUUGAUGUGGUUAGGGGUGAACAUGAAGAAGAAGAAGAAGAAACAUUUAUGGUGAUCAGAGUUCCAGGGAAGGUCAUAAGGUAA